GUUUUGUGUUUUGUUAGUUUCUCUCACCCCGGUCAAAAGGCGGAUAACGGUACUCCGUGACUUUAGUCGGUUCUUUCAGUUUCCCAUAAUAACUGAUAUCUGUAUAUAUUUGUGCAAUUCUUUGCUCUUUCUCUCUUCUUUGAAUCUCUUCUCCAAUUCUCAUUUCAAAAUGGACACCACUCUUGAAAAAUUGAAAAAGUAUUUUCCCGCUCUGCCUCAGAAUGCGAUUACAAAAAUUUACCGUGCUAGGUGUGCAAGAUUGAAGUUGUUGAUGAAUCAUGGAAUUCCUGAAGAUAUUCGCUGGCUGAUUGAAGCAAAGGUCCGAUUAUUAGGUGAGUCCUCCGAUUCUUUCAUUUCACACAUGCCUGGAACAGGUAAAAGCACUUUUGCAAAGAAACGUCGUGCAAAACGACUGAAAGUCUGUCACCGAUGUGCCAGAUGGACUUGUAAUGCAACAUGUCGUUCUUUAGGAAUGGUAUCUAUAAACCGUGAAGAUAAAAUACAAUUCAUUAAGGAUGGCCUGAGUAAGGGGUCUUUAGAUAAUCUUUUGUUGACCCUUGAGACGCAUCCUAGUGGAGAUGUGCAUCGUGCAAUUCAUGAUUUAUGGCCCCAUUUUCAUAAAGAACAUGAUAGACUUAGUCUUGGGAAUCUGACUAAAAAAGACCCUGUUUGCCAGUUUUUAAGAAAACUGGAUGGGAAGCCUAUCCCCGACCCAUAGAGGGCGUUUAAGCCGUUCUUGGACGUAAAACCAAGGGAAGAUGUGAGCCACAAUCACAACUACCUGUACAUACACAUGCUUUUUCAAAAUAAAUAAAUAAAUAAAUAAAGAGAGAGAAAGAGUGUGAGACUCCAGCUGGCCUACAUAUAGGUGGUAUGAUUGCAUCUUCAAUUUCUCAUCUAUAAAAUCUUCUCUUCCUUCCCCUCAUUUCUACUUAUCCCUUACAUUAGACAGAUAUAGAAGUGUGUAGAAAUGGCAGGUCCCUCAAGUUAUCACAUCAAAAAUAUUUGUGUUUUCGGUGGAUCCAGUCCUGGGAAGGAAAUAGCUUUUUUAGAAGCAGCAAAUCAUCUUGGUCAGGUACUAGCUGAGAAAAAGAUUCAUUUAGUGUAUGGGGGAGGCAACCUUGGGUUAAUGGGGGGUGUGGCAAUAGCUGCAUUUUUAGGAGGUAGUCAAGUUUUGGGGGUCGUCCCCGAAGCUUUAACAAAAGGGGACAUCAUUGGAAGAACAAUUGGAGAGGAACUACAGGUCUCCACAAUGUUUGAUCGAAUGAAUACAAUGUUUAACCAUGCUGAUGCCUUCAUUGCCUUACCAGGUGGUCUGGGCACAUUGGAAGAGAUCUUUCAUAUUUCCUCUUGGGCCCAACUUCACAUUCACCAUAAACCUAUAGGUUUGCUCAAUGUUAAUGGUUUUUAUGAUACUUUGUUGUCUUUUCUUGAUCAAGCUGUGGAACAGGAAUUUCUAACAUCUUCGGCACGACAAAUCAUAAUCUCUGCUGCUACGGCUGAACAAUUGAUCGACAAACUACAAUCUUUCACCCCUGUCAUUGAUCCUUCCAUGAGUCGCAUCAAUUGGUCAACUACAGAAAGCCGUAAAAAGCUUAGAUUGGAUUUGAGCCUUCGUUUGUGAAUCCUUGUGUCUUUUGGUUUUAUUUCUAACAUAGUAUUUUGUUCUGUUAUAUUUUAUAUUUGUUUAAGUGUGUUUCAGGUUUGUUAAUGUUCGUUGUUUCAGGUGAUGUCUUCUAUACUCUAUCUUUCUACCUUAGAACAUUGAGGACAAUGUCUCGUUUUGGUUGGGGGGAGAGGGUAGUAGUAAUUAAAAAAAAAAAAAAAAAAAAAAAAAAAAAAAACUAACCAACUAACUGUUUUUGUUUAAAAACCAUUGGGCAAAACUGUUAUUACUAGGAUGGUAGAGUAAGGGGGAAUGACUCUUGAGACGCAUCUUAGUAAACAUUUUCUAAUGGUUAUUUGCAAUAUUCAUAACAAGGCCUAUUAGAAUACUUCUUGAAAUAUUCAGGUUUACAAACUCUCGCAUUGCUAUCACUUAAUUCUGCUCAUAUACUCAUUUAACAAGUAUUCGUAAACCUUCAUUUUCACACACACACUUUAACAUAUGAUUGUGGGUUGCACAUUGGAUUAUUACAUUAUUUAUGUUCUUUUGUUAAAGGUAACAACUAAGGGAUAGGGAUAGUCUAUAAUUUGCAAAAAAAAAAAAAAAAAAAAAAAAAAGAAAGAAAAAAAAAAAAAAAAAGAAGAAAAUGAUGAUAAUAAAAACGUAGAUAAGUUUGAUUUCGUAGCCUCCCUAACCUAAGCAAUUAAGCCCGAAGGGGUGUUUUAACACCUAAUACCCUAAAGUCAACUGACUUGGGAGUUAUUGGCCCAAAGCUUGUUACAUGGGUUAAGGAGAAAAGCUUAAGGGAAUCAAACAUUGCACUAUCUACGUAUCAGUAUCUGCAACCCGAGUUACUAAGCUCGUAGGGGUGUCUCAACACCUAAUGCCCUAAGAUCAACUGGUCUGGGAGUCAUUAGCCGAAAGCUCGUUACAUGGGUUAAAGAUGCAUUGUGUUUUAUGUAUAGAUAUUAAAAAAAAAAAAAAGAGUAAAAUAAAAUAAAAUAAUCCCAACCCAAGGAAGUUAACCUUAAACAUUAGAACAAAAUAUUGUUUUCUUCCAACAAAAGCCCCAUCAUCUAUGUUUCAUACAUUGAGCACAUAACAAGGAAGGUUUAUUAAUAUUUUGUUUAAGAGGUAUUGAGCAGAUAUAUAAAAUUUAAUGAGAGUUUGUUUAUCUGGAUAGAUUAAUGGAAGUUGAAUGAUGAAUGCCUUGCUUUGUGGAUUUUGCAAAUUGUUUUUCUAUUUUAACGCUUUAAUUACUAGGGACUAGUAAUAAGCUGGUUGGGGGGUGUGAUUAGUACUUAAAAGUGCAUUUUUAUCAAGGUUUUAUAUCAUCAUUUUGCACUUGAAGUAUCAAUAACUCCUUAACUAAAGCGUGUUUUAUAAUAACAUAUCUAAUUAUAUAAGAUACCUUUAAUUUAUGGUAAAUGUUCAUCUUAAAUGCAGGCCUAUCACAUAAAUGAAAGAAUUGAUUGAUGAGUUGAAGUACUGAAAUUGAAAGGACAAAAAGAUGGCCAAAGAGAUGCUGGUGCAAUCCAAACUGGAACACGGUUCGGUAAUUGGGUCAUAUCUGGAGCUGUAGAUCUUGGAUUUAGGUCCAUUUUAUAUGGAUGGAAAGAUAAGACAUAGGCCUACAACUUUCAUGUGGAGCCCAAGAUUUAACAAGGCCGUUUUCAAGUCCAAAUUGUAGCAACAAAGAAGAAGUCCGAAUCUGUCCUGCAGCCCAGACACUGUUCAGUGUUCAGCCCAUAUCUCGAGUUCUAGAAGUCCAAAUGAUCUCAAAUUUUUACCCUGGAAAGAUGAGACAAUUUCCUAGAACUUUCAUGAUUCAAGUUUGUUCAAAUUAUGACGUCAUCAAUGACGUUUUUGGCAGACAAGAAGAUAAGAAUUGUCACCAAGUCAAGAUGUGGCCACCCACUCAUCAAUUAGUCAACAAAUCAAUAGUUCCGAAUUUUGGCCUAUAAAAGGAGGCAUUUGCCAUGUAUUUAGGCAUCUUGGUGUUCAGAUCAAGAUCAUGCUCUUGCUUUCUCUCUUUGUAUUGCUUAUGCUUUGCUUUCAUUAAUAUCAAGUUUAUGCCUUUCAUUUC